AUGAAAUUUCCUAUUUGCAGGAAACACAAUAUACUGAAAAGAGGCAUUUGUUUUUUCCUUUAUAUUUUCUACUAUUUAAAUAUAUUAAAUUUUGAAAAUAUUAUUAUAAGUUGUUAUAAUGUAAAAAAUCGAACAGAAUUUUAUAAAAAUAAAAAUAAAAAUACAAAAAAAUGUGUGAGCUUAUUUAUUGAUAAUACAAAAAAUGUAGCAACUAAUAUAAGGAAAAGGAAUGCCUUUAAUUUGUUAAAUUAUGCAAAAGAAAAAAGAACAAAAAGAAAAACAGAAUUAAAUUUUUUUAGCAAAAAUAAAGAGUGUUAUGAUAAAUAUACCAAAACUCCCCUGAUUAAUAAGCAUUCAAAAAAGAUAUACUUUUUUACAUUCAAAAAAAAUAAGUUCAAUUCUCAAAAUGUCAAUUUUCAAAAUUAUCGUUCUCAAUUUUGGAAAAGAAAGGAAAGCCGCCAAGAUAUGUCUGAAUUAGAAAAUGAAAAUAUAAAAGACUAUUUUCCUAAUUCUAUUCUAAUAAAUUUAUCAAAAGUGUUUGAUUUUUCUAUUUUUUAUGGAACUGAAACAGAUAGGAAAUAUUACAAAUAUGAUGAUAUAAUUAAAUAUAUAGAGGAUACUAAAUGGGGUAAUAGAUUUCUUGAAAAUAUAAAAAUAAAUAAUAAUUUAAGUAAAAAUUAUAAUAAAAGAAAAGAUAAUGAAGAAAUUUAUUUUGAUGAUAAACCAAUAUUAAUUAGAGGACGUGUAGAAAAAAAAGAUAAACAAUCACAACGAAUUAUUUUAUAUUUAAGACAAAAUAGUGGAUUAUAUAUUAUUUGUGUAUAUGAAAAAAAUAAAAAUAUUUCCAAAAUUAAUAAUAUAAUGUCUACUGAAAAUGAAGAAAAAGAUGAAAUGUAUACAUAUAUUAAAAAUAUAAAAAAUGAAACUGUUGUAGAUAUUAUAGGAAAUAUAAAAAUUAACAAAAAAUUAUAUAAGCAUAAAAUACCACAUAUUGAAAGUAUAUAUAAUCAAAAGAGAAUAGAAAUACAAAUAAAAAAUAUUUAUAAAAUUUCAGAAUCUUAUUAUGUUCCCCCUAUAACUCCUAAUGAUAUCCCUUUUCUUAGAGCAACUGUUUUAUGCAAUAAUCAAAAUUAUUUCAAAAUGAAUCAAAUUUGGGAACAUGCUGAAAAAGGCCAAGAUGGAAACAAAAGUAUUUACGAACAUAUAAAUAAACAAGCUCAAAAUGAGCAAGUAGUGCAUCCAAAUGUAGAGGACCCCCCUGAGAAUGCUGAAAAUGAUGAAAAAAAUGUGGAAAAACAUGAUGAAAAAAAUGUGGAAAAAAAUGUGGAAAAAAAUGAUGAAAAAAAUGUGGAAAAACAUGAUGAAAAAAAUGUGGAAAAACGCGAAAUCGAAUAUUCCCCAAAUGACCAUGCUUGCUUAAAUUAUAGAAAUUCGAUAAAUCAACUUAUUUUUAAUUUAAAAAAUUUAGUAAUAAAAAAAAUGAGACAAAUUUUGGAAGAAGACAAAUAUAUAGAAAUAUUCACUCCUAAAUUAACAAGAAUAGACAAACCGCCAAAAAACGAAAAUAAUUCUCCUAACCAAACUGAUGAUUCAAAUUACAAUGUACAAACAGAAAUGAACAAUAAUAUAAAUAAAAUUAAACAAAAUUAUGAUAAAACAAAUUUUACAGAAUUAAAUGGAUCAGAAGGAGGAUCAAAUUGUUUCAAAAUUGAAAAUGAAAAUAUAAUACUUGCUCAAAGUUCACAAUUUUAUAAACAAAUGAUAAUUAAUUAUGAUUAUGAAAAAAUCUUUGAAAUAAAUUAUUCAUAUAGAAAUGAAAAAUUUCAUAGUACCAAACAUUUAAAUGAAUUUUUAUCAUUAGAUAUUGAACAAGUUAUAUAUAAUAAUCAUUAUGAAGUAAUAAUAUAUAUUUAUAAUUUUUUAAAAAAGAUUAUUAAUUAUGUUAAUACAAAUUUUAUUCAAGAAAUUAGGUUAAUUAACUUAAUUUAUGGAAAAAAAAAUUUACACACAUCAUUUGAGCCUACUACAAUUAUUAGUGACAAUCCUGUAGUUUUAACAUUUUGUGAAGCUCAAAAUAUAUUAAAAAAUUAUUAUUAUAUAAAAAAUGAUAUAAAAUUUUGUAAUAAUUGUAAAAAAUAUUUACAAAAUGAAUAUAUUUAUGAUAAACAAUAUAAAAUGUGUGUAAAAAUAUUAAAUGAAAAUGAAAAAAAAAAAUUAAAAAAAAAUAUAAUUUUUGAGAAUUUUAAUAAAAAUGAACAAUUACAUAAUAUUUAUUAUAAUAAUAAAAUUGCAAAUAAUUAUAAAAUUGAUAUAAAAAAUUGUGAAGAUAAUAAUGUAAAUAAUAUUUCAUCACCUAAUAAUGUAAAUCAUGAUUUAUUUUCACAAACAGUUUAUUUAUUUUUGAACAAAAUUAACAAGAACGAAAUUUAUAAUGAUAUUCUCCAAUUUUAUAAUAAUACAUAUGACAAAAUAAUAUCUACAUGUAAAACAUACCAAACUAAUACUUUUGAUAAAAAAUUUACAUCAUCUUCUUUCUUUAGUCAUGUAAAAUCAAAUACAAUUCCAAAUAUGAUGGAAAUAUGUCAGUGUAUGCCAGAAACUAAUCAUAAUAUUCCUGAUCAAAAUAAUGAUAACCUAUUCGAUUUAAACGAAAAUGUUUUUAUUAGUGAACCCAAUGAAUAUUCCUAUUUUAGUGGAUUAAAUAAAUUUUUAGAAAAAAAUAUAAAUAAAAAAAUAAGUGUAAAAGAAAAAAAAAAAAUAAAAAAAUUAAAAAAUUUAUAUAUUUAUCAAAAAGAUUUUACAAAUGAUGAACUUAAUUAUUUAUAUUUAUUUAUAAAAUAUAAUUUUAAUACAGAUAUAUUUAUUAUAGAUCAAUAUCCAUUACACCUUAGACCAUUUUAUAGUUUAAGCAAUAUAUAUGAUAUAAGAUUUACAAAUAGUUUUGAUUUGAUAUAUAAAGGAACUGAAAUUAUAUCAGGUAGCCAAAGAAUAAAUAAUUUGCCACUUUUAUUGCUUCGUAUAUUAAAAGGAAAAAUAAAUAACAACAAAAAUAAGGAUAACGAAAUAGACAUAUCAUCAUAUUUACAAAAAAAUAAAACGAAUUUUAAUUUAUCAAAUUAUAUUGAUGAUUUACAAAAAUUAAUAAAUAAAAAUUCAACAUUAUAUAAAUAUGUUAAUUCAUUUGCUUAUUCUUCUAAUCCACAUGGGGGAAUGGCUUUAGGUUUGGAUCGUUUUUUUAUGUUACUACUAAAUUUGGCGAAUAUAAAAAAGUCAACUUAUUCUUAA